AUUCUGCAUAACAAAAACUAAUACUAAAUAGAAGCUGGCAACUCAAUAGUUAGCAGUUAAACAUUUACAAAUGUUUAGUGUUAUCUUAGUUUCCUGGUGUCCUUGUUAGUUGUAGCUCAACACAGCACAAAGUCCAGGCAAGGAGCAUUUGCACUGUUGAUUGCAAAGAAGAACUUGUACACGUGUAGGAGUGCAUGUAGUUGUGUGAACGCAGCUUUAUGUCUGUAGCUAGAUUCCGUCAGACCUAAAGGACAGUCUUGGCACUCUUCAAAUACAGCCAAGGUCUCCUGUAAGCAGGUUUCAGCUUUGUAUUGAUUAUACAGGAGUCUGUUGUAGCUGGCUAAGCCUUAAUGCUAGCUCAAAAGGAUACUUCCUUGUGUGGCUACUAAAGGAUCAUGUAACUCUCUGAUUUAUAACCAUAUCGCAGGGUUAAAUGCUUGCUGUUAGGCUCUUUAGAUGUGUGCUGUAUGUGUGGUUUAUUUUCCUUCAGUAGGAACAUCUUAUCCAGGGAGUAACUAAAUGAAAGUUUCUAACACAUUUUCUAACAAUCUCUGGGACUUCUGGGUUUUCUAGGGAGGAAAGUUGUUGGGGAGGAGCUACUUGUUACAGAGGUGGCCAACCCGGAGGAUCAGCAAAUGCUACAGCUGGAGAAGGACUGAGAUCUGUCAUUUUAUUGCUGUAGCUGGUCUGCGUGAGCUAGGGAACUGUGAAGUAUUCAGCUGAAUUGAUGAAGGUUUGGAGCAUACUGAACAUUACUGAAGAACUACAUAGGAAACUGUGUUUCCAUUUGUACUUUUCCAAGUUGCUCUAUGAAAGUUAUUUAACGUUUUCAUGUGUUCUAGUUCCUUCUGAAUUAUGUGUUAUAUCCUUAAAUAUGUUCAGUUGGAGUGCACUGAGGAACGGGACUGCAUCCAUGCCUGCAGUACUCAGUGGUGGGAGAGGAGAAGCCGUUACUGCACUGAGUCAGUAAUGUCCGUGGGGUGUUUUGUUGGGAGCGUUUGGGGAACGAUGGAAAAGAUGAAAAGUUUCCGAAAGCUUUAACUGUCUCUCGGUCAUGGCAGGUGCCGUCUUGCUGAAAUUCUGUUUUGUUCAGACGGUAUUCAGCCCUCCUUCAGCGUGACUCCAUUGUUAGGAUCGUGAGGGUUCCGUGGCAUUUUUUUGUUUGUUUCUUUCUUUCUUUUCCCCCCUCAGUAAACUGAAUGCUCGGUCGUGACGUUGUGAUCAAAUCUGGAAUCUCGCUUUCCGAGGGAGCUCUACGUUGUAUCAGUGCCCGUGCCUCAGUACGGAGCAGCGCCCGCCUCAGUCCUCCCGCGCUACCACCGCCGGAGUAGCCUCUGCCCUUCCAGCCUCGCCUCUCUAUGGUGCGAGGGGAGGAGCGGCCUCCUCUUCCGGGUGAAACCACUGACUUUGAGCUGUUAAAGCAUCAGCUGUCAGAUCCUGACAUAAAGGAUGCCCAGAUCAUUAACUGGCUGCAUGAAUUUCGAUCUUCUGUCACAUAUCUGACCAAGGACUUUGAACAACUGGUCAGCAUUUUGCUGAAGCUGCCAUGGUUGAGAAGAAGCCAAGAGGUAGUGGAAGAAUAUCUGAGUUUUCUUGGCAAUCUGGUGUCAGCACAAACUGUCCAUCUUAGGCCAUGCCUGAGCAUGAUUGUAUCCCAGUUUGUUCCUCCUCGAAUAACCAUCAGAGAAGAUGAUGUGGACAUUUCAGAUUCUGAUGAUGAUGAAGAAAACCUCUCUGAAAAUUUUGAUACAUGUCAUAGAGCAUUGCAGACUGUUGCAAAAUAUGUUCCUUCAACACUACAGUUUCUUAUGCCAAUACUUGUGGAAAAAUUUCCUUUCAUUAAUAAAUCAGAAAGAACUCUGGAAUGUUAUGUUCAUAACCUACUACAAGUUACAGUGUACCUUCCAACACUGAGGCUUCAGAUUCUGGAACUUAUUGUUGAAAAGCUGUUAAAGUUGGAUGUUAGUACUCCCCAGCAAGAUAUUGAAGAUGCUGAAGAAGCUGCUAAUAACUCUGAUAGUGAGGAAAAAUCUGCAGAGGAGGGACUAUUUGACAUGGAGGAAGAUGAAGAAAGAAAAGAAAAGAAAGUUGUCUCUCCUUGUAGUGAGAGAAUGGCCCAUCCACUUGCAGAACGACUGGAUAUUUUGAUGACCCUCCUGUUCGCCUAUAUUAAAGAUGUUUGCCAUGUGGAUGGCAAGCUUGAUAUCAACAAGACAAAAGAUUUGUAUCGGGAUCUCGUUUCUGUUUUUGACAAGCUCAUUUUACCAACCCAUGCUUGUUGUCAUGUACAGUAUUUCAUAUUUCACAUCUGUAGCUUAAAAUUGGGAUUGGCUGAGGCAUUUUUAGACCAUCUUUGGAAAAAACUGCAAGAUCCAAAUAAUCCUUCAGUGAUCAGGCAAACUGCUGGGAGUUACAUUGGCAGCUUCUUGGCAAGAGCUAAAUUUAUUCCAGUUGUCACAGUAAAAGCAUGCCUGGAUCUGCUGGUUAAUUGGAUGCAUAAAUACAUUGAUAAUCAGGAUACAGGGGCUAACGCUUAUUGUGAUGUAGCUCUCCAUGGGCCAUUUUAUUCUGCAUGUCAGGCAGCAUUCUAUACACUUAUUUUCCGUCAUAAGCAACUUCUGGAUGGAAACUUAAGGAAAGGUCUGUCAUAUCUGCAGAGUUUAAAUUUUGAGCGCAUUGUCAUGUGUCAGCUAAACCCUUUGAAGAUAUGUAUACCUUCUGUUGUAAACUUGUUUGCCGCCAUUACAAGGAAAUACCAGCUGGUGUUCUGCUACACAAUUAUUGAGAGAAACAAUCGGCAGUUUAUACCAGUUGUUCGGAGUGGCGCUGGGGGUGACUUGGUGCAGAUGUGCACUAACCCGCUUGACAGUUUCUUCCCCUUUGAUCCCUAUGUGCUCAAAAGAUCAAAGAAGAUCAUUGAUCCAUUUUAUCAGUUUUGGGAAGAACUGAGUGCUGAAGAUCUAGAGAAUCUGAAGAAGCCAAUUAAAAGGGGUACUUCUGAAGAUGAAGAUGAUGACUUUUUGAAAGGAGAAACCCCUCAAAAUGAGGGUGUGGUUGAAAUUGCUCCAAAUUCUUAUGAGUCAAAUACCCGGAGCCCUGUGAGCAGCACUGGCUCUCCUUCAGACUGUCAUGCGCAGUAUCCACACUGACCUGGAGAACUAGAAGUGGAAGAGGUUGAAAAAUGUGUGCUGUUUUUUGCUCAUAAAGAGAGUUACUUAGCUCAACUUUCUGAACUGGCAAAUGCUUCAUCAUCAGAUUUCUGCGGAUAUAUUAUGAUACAUUCAUAUGUUGCUAGAAAAGGCUAGAGAAUAAAUAGGGUGAUAUUUUACAAAUUUCACAUUGAAAUGUUUUUUAUGACUUACAGGGGUUUUUUUAAUAGUAUACUUGACUUAAAAAUUUCUGUUUACUAAUGUUUCGCUGUGAGGUUUUAUAUAUUGGGUGAAAUUCUGGUCGAUCUUCUUAUUGAUUUCUGUGGGACCAGAAAUCCAUUGUCAGUAUUUAAACUGUUCUAUGCUGACUUUUUUUUUAGUUGGUUUGAAAUAAUGCUGUGAUCUCAUGGUAGGAAAGUCCCUCUGACAGUGAUUCUGCUGCACACAUCUCUAAGCUUUUUCUAUCUGGAGAACAGUGCUUAGUAAAGGCCCUUGAAUAGUGGUAAGUGUAUUCAGAUGGUAAGCGUUACUGCUGCCUAAAUGUGUGGAUGACACACAGCUUUUCCAGCUGUGAAAGUUGUGAUAUGUGAAGUGGUGAUUGCUGGAAGUGUCAAAAAUGAGUAGCUGAAAGUAUGAUUUGUAGAUUGUUUUAUUUGAGCUGCUUGAGAAGCACUCCGAAAAGGUAUUUAUUUUCAGGAUUUGAAGUUUAUAUGUGAAUGCUGAAAAUAUAAAAAAAACAAAUCCCACAUCCUUUGUAAAAAAGAAUUCAUGAUGUCUCUGCUAUUAUUGUAUUGUCUGUGUGUCAGUGAAGUUUCUCUGUGUAGGUUUUUGUUUUUGUUCAUGAUUAUAUUCUCUUUCUUGAUUCUAAACAGUGGAAAAAUGUUAUUUGUGUAAUAUUUAGUUGAAAAUGUAAUGCAUGUGGGACUCAAUUCAUCUGCCCUUUUUUUAGAGUCUGAGUGUCUAGGCUUUCAAGACAGUGCAUUUAUUCAGAGCCAAUAAAGACUGAUGCAAACAGGGCCAA